GCCAGGCACAGCAGGCAUCAGUAUCGAUGACUACGGCUUGCGGUAGUUGAACGUUCCAGAACAUCGCAUCACGUUGUGCUGCGUACUUGCCCGAUCACACUUGCGCCAAUCAACUCAUCUCAUCGCAUCGACUGCUCAGUCAGCAAGAUUUGUGCUGCGGUUGUCUGUACAUUCUCUCAUGAACAGGCUAUACACAUCCGUUGCACACUCAAUCUGAUCCUUCCUCCGUCCAUCUCGAGCGAAAUCCCCGUGUCCCGACUUAGGCUCCCGUCAGCCAAUCGACAUGGCGCAACCAUCGAGUAAUUCCACUUCCCCAUAUGAUGACCAUGGACUUGGUUCAGAUCAUGGCCAAGGUCCACCACGAAAGAAGAUGCGCAAAGGGACCAAAAGCUGUCUAGAGUGUCGGCGCAGAAAGAUCAAGUGCAAUUUUGAGCCUGGGAGGCCGGCCAUAUGCAAUGAAUGUCAUGCCAGAGGGUCAACUUGCAUUGACCAAGAGCAUGGAGAUGUCCAGACAUACACGAACCCAAGCACGGAACAGUCCAACUAUAGUCUGAGAGAGCGGGUGUCACAACUGGAAGACCUGGUGAAACAGGUACUACACCGCUUACCCGAAAAACAAGGAGAAUCGACAUUCACACACGCCGAUGCGGAUCAAGUCGAUAGGAAUCAGGUUGAUGCCCAGGCAGCUGGAGUGCUGAAAAGCCUCAAGAGCUCACUUCGUCAGGCUGAGGUCAAUGCACAAGAGUCGAUACUACUUCCAGGCGGCAUUCGGAACAGCGCACCGGCGCUGACAUUGUUCGACAAUGCGGUUCUUACUCGACAAGACAGUCAACCAGUGGUAUCGAGGGAGCAGUACAACAAGAACAAGGCCCUGCUAACCGCACUGAACAAGUUGCUGCCCUCUCCUCACGACUUGGAAAUCAUCCUCGAGUCUUCACACGAGUGGUGGACGAUCUGGCGCAAAAUGUUCCCCGAGAUCACCGACAGUCGUUGCGAAACCAUCAAAGAGUCCGUCUCGCAUUCUCUGCGAUCCGAAAAGCCUGCCGAACUCGCCAAAAUCAUGCUCUGUAUUGCCAUUGGCAUCCAUCAACUACCACUGGAAUUUGAUUGGUCAAAACUGUAUAUUAAGGAAUCACCGGGAGAGCUGAUGGAAAGAUAUAUUGCUACGGUCAAUAGGCUGAUCACCUCCGAUGAUGAGAUUGCCGCCACAGUCGACGGCCUCGAGUGCAUGAUGCUGGAAGGAAAAUACCAGAUCAACAUGGGUCGGCCCCGGCGCGCCUGGCUUCUAUUUCAUCGAGCCAUUGCAUUUGCUCAGCUAUUGGGCUUGCACAAGUUGGCAGGACGUACCGACAAGACGUCACUUGAUUACCAGCGGUCCGUCAACAUCUGGUGCCAUCUUGUGUUGAGCGACAGAUAUAUAUCUACCUUCCUUGGUCUGCCAUAUUCGGUUGCUGACCAAUUCGUCACGCCCUAUCUUCCUGGCACAGGCCUGCCUCCGACAGGAUGUAGUCCAGGUGAGGUAUACGCGGGGAAAAUGCUUCCGAUCAUCACUAGAAUCAAUGAUCGGAAUCAAAGCGUCGUUCCCAUGGGUUACUCUGCCACCCUACGGCUGGAUCAGGAGAUGGAGGAAUUAUAUGCCGCUCAGGAUCCGACGUGGUGGAGCCUCGAACGUUUUCCGGGAGCCGGCGCCGACGACCACUUUGACCGACUACAAACACAAUUUUUCCAUCAUCAAGCACGCCUCCUCCUCCAUAUGCCGUUCAUGCUACGAUCUUCGGCAGACAAGAGAUAUCAGUACUCGCAUACGGCUGCACUAGACAGUGCCAGAGAGAUGAUCAAGGUCUUCAACGCCCUCCGUACCAACCCCUCAGUUGGACCGUUCAUCUGCAAAUUGAUCGACUUCCAAGCCUUUACCGCGGCGAUGCUCCUUUUGCUCAAUUUAUGUGGUUAUGCUCAACAACAACGUGGCAGUAACUCUCAGCCUCCAGAUCUUGAACAAGAUCAAAAAGACUCUGAAUUGAUCGAUUUGACGAUCGCACUUCUGAAGGAUGCCGCCAAAGAAGGAGGAGGCGUCGUUGCUGCGCAAAGUGCCCAGGCUCUUGAAAUGCUGGCCAAGAUCCGGCAAGGAUGUGGAGGAGAUGGGGAGCAAGAAAGUCGUCCUAAAGACGGUGACACAUGUCAAGUCUCGAUUCCAUACUUCGGUACUAUCUCCAUCGGAAUAGGCAAGCAUUUCGUGCCUAUAAAACCGGGUACAUAUGUCCAGCGCCCGGGUGGGACAUCCGCCAGCAUCACUAUACCAAUGGGACGUGUUUCCAACACAGGUCUACCGACACCACCGUCUGUCACGUCGACCAGUACACGAGCUUCUCCGUUAACUGCUAACAUCGACAACCCUCAUAUGCAGCCUCAUUCGGUUUCUCGAGCACCGAUGUACAAUUCGAACGAUUACAGCGCACAAAGCUUCGAUCAGGCGUGGCCCGAGACCGACGACGCGUUCGUCACUUUCGACAGUUUCAUGGCUUUUCCGCCACAAGGCCCAAGUGAGCUUCCUUCCGUCAGUACUGCGACUAGCCAUUCUGGUUUCACACCUCAGCAGCAGAGUCCUUUUACUGGGGCUGUCACCGACUUCAAUGCCGGUGUUGCUCUGGGUGGUCUUGGUAGUGCGUUGAUCGGCCAACCCUUUGGCAUUCUUCCUUACGGUCAGAACGGCGGCGGCAUGGACCUUGAUCAAGGGUGGAAUUGGUUUGGUGUGGAUGCACCUGUUAUGCAGUGAGGUGUUUUAACAUGGCCACAGCUUGACCAUUUGUCAUCAUGCAUUCCGAUAUUUGCGACCAGAUGCGAGGCAUAGUGGUGGUGGGAAUGUACUCUACUCUGCAUUGCGGGUUUACAAAAGCAAGAGUCGUUCAAGCUGGGUGGGUGUAUCUGGCAGGACAUUCGACGAGGAUCGAAACGAAUUAAGUGUUACGUUAUUUAGAUACCCCAAAACAAAGCUCAUUAUACCAGAUCUGAUGUUACCUUUCGCUGUACAAU